AUGGAGGAAGACUGUGAUGAUGAAGAUGAUGAUUAUUCAGAUGAGGAAGAUGAAGAGAUGCCUGAUGAUGAUGUCCCCGAGGAUUCCAUGACUUUAGUUCAAUAUCUAGAGGAGGCAAGAAGAGAGGCUCUCAUUCGAAAAGGUUCUCAGUAUUCUGAUGUUUCUACGAAGAAAGGAAGGCUCGAGAAUUGUAGAGGCAUUUCAGCGAUUGAUACGUCUUCCGGCGUCCUUCGUCUCAUUCGCAAGUUUAAUCCUAUCAUUGUUUGUCUAGUUGAGACUCAUGCUAACUCGGAUCGAGUUGACCGUUUCUGUAAUAAGGUGCCUAAACAUUGGGAGUGGACUGCGAUUCUUGCUAAUGGCUUUUCCGGAGGUAUCUUUGUGCUUUGGAAUAAGGCUAUUGGCAAGGUAACUCCUAUCGUUGUUUCUCGUCGUGUUUUACACAUUAUCAUCUCGUCGGCUUCUUCUAAAAGUUUCAUUAUUUCUGUCGUUUAUAAUUCAGUUCGUUUUCAAAAACAGUGCUUACUUUGGAAUGAGUUAUCCAAAAUCACUUGUUUACGUAUCCCCUGGCUCAUUCUGGGUGAUUUCAACUCUGUUCUUUCCAGAUCUAAGCAUAAAGGGGGUUCAUUUUCCUAUUACAGUCGAAAAUCUCGUCUUUUCCUAGAUUUUGUUGAUUCCAAUAACCUUUUAGACUUAAAGUACACUGGUUCCCCAUACACUUGGUGCAAUAAUCAGUUCGGUUCAGCUCACCGCUGGGCUAGAUUGGACCGUUGCCUUGUGAAUGUCGACUGGCUUGCUUCUUUCAAGUCUUACAAUCUUAAGCAUCUUACCCGUUCUUUCUCAGACCAUUCUCCUCUUUUCCUUUCUGCUAGUUUUCUCCCGUUUCAUAAAAAGAAUGUUUUUCGUUUUGAGAAUUUCUGGUUGGACUUUCUAGGCUGUCAUAAUGCUGUUUUGACAGCCUGGAAUUUCAACCCUCAUGGUAACCCCAUGCAUUCUUUCUCUCAUCUUCUUUCUCGUGUUCGUUCUAAUCUUAUUUCUUGGAGUCACAAGGGAGUUAAUAAUAUUGAUUCAGCUUUAAUUCAUACUGAGUCUGAGAUCCAUCAUCUUGAACAAUCUGAUUCCAAUCCGAACAUAUUUGCUAUUCUCAUGGAGCAUUAUGCUAAGCUCUCAACCUUGCAGCUCCAAUAUAACACUAAAUGUGCUCAACGAGCACGCUUGCUUUGGCUUAAGGAUGGUGACAAAAAUACCAAUUUCUUUCACAAUACCAUUCGAAUCAGAUCUCAUGCUAAUUUUAUUUCUCAAAUUGAAGAUUUGGAUGGCAAUGUUUUCUGUUCUCAUGCAGAUAUUAAUAGUACAUUCUUGAACUUUUACCAAAACCUCUGGACUGCCCCUACUGAGAUUCAUAUGGACAUUCUUAAGGCCCUUCCUUCUGACCUCCCUCGGCUCUCAGAUUCUGAUGGAGCGCAUCUCAUCCGGGAGGUUACUAAGGAAGAGGUAUAUGCAACUUUAAUGGACCUUCCUUCUGCCUGAAUGGAUGGCACCAGAGAUGAUGUGUAAACAACCAUCAAAUGAGAACUUUAGAGUGAUAUUAUGGGAAAUGGCAACUCUGUGGAUGCCUUGGUCUAGUAUGAACCCAAUGCAGGUGGCGGAUGCUGUUGGCUUCCAGUAGAGAUUCCAAGAGAGGUUAAUCCUCUUGUGGCCAAAAUAAUCUGGCAGUGCUGGCUAAUAAUGAUAUUAACUGUUCAUAUAUUACACCUAAGUUUUUUUUAUUAUAUUUAUUUAUAGAUAGGUAUUGUAGAAAUGUGCUAACUUUGUUUUUCUCAACCUUUGCUUUUUGUGACAUAAGCAUGCAGAGAUCCAAAUUUGUGGCCUUCAUUUGCAGAUGUCACAAAAGCUCUCAAGUUGUAAAGGCCUUCCUUUGCAGAAGCCACAAAUGCUCUCAAGUCUUUAGAACGGCUUGUUGUCCCUGCAUUAUUAGGAUGUGCAAAACACACCUUUGGCACAAGAAACACUAGUAAACACAAUGCCUUGAACAUACCAAAUGGUAAAUAAACAAUAAGAGUAUCCAUGUAUUUAUUACUUUUUGUAGUGCUUAGUAGUGCCCUCAAAUCAGGAGAUGUGCAAUGAAACGCUUGUUUUGUUUGCCUUUUGGGCAAGAGCAAAAUGUAAUGGCUAUGUUUUCUUUCUUGAGACUGUA